CCCAAUUUCGCAGCGGAUUUUUGGCGACUUGCUCGGGGGGUCGUACGCACCGCUGAGCGUGUAAGAAAAGAUCGUAAUGGAAGAAACGCAGCCAGCCCGGACCACAUACAAUUAUUACGUAACCCCCGAAUGUUUUCUUGUUUUGCAUUGUGCCUCCAAAUCCCGUCUCGGGACAGCCCCCUAAUCAUGCCGCUGUUUCUUUUCGGCAGCAGGCUAGUGGGCGCUAAUGCUUUUGGCUUCGCAAAAGUGUCAUUUGGAGUUUCAGAGGGAUUUGCAGUUUUUAUACUCGUUUCAAUUACCUAGUCAUACCGGUCGCGGCGUCAGAACGCACGAUAUGGGAUGACACAAAGGCAGGUGUGUGAGCGGUACAGAGGGAGAGCGACAAUUGUCAGGGUGACUUUUGGCAUCUGUUGAGGGUUAAGUAGGUCGGCUGGCAGGUCCGUUUGCCCCAGGUUCACACGCCAUGGCACGUUAUUUAUAAUUCUGGAAUGCCAGGCAUGGGGAAUGAAAUCAAGUCUCGCUUGUCCAUCCACCUUCCCUGUCGAGGGACAUACAAUUCCAGUUCUAACAACCGCUCCGUGCGCGCAGCCUAGUACUCUCUCGUUUCCCUUAAAAUAAUUUCGUUUUCUUUUUUUGAUAAUUCUUUUUUUUCUAUAUGUUAUCCUUCCAGUCGUCCGCUGUGGUCACGUGGGGGAUUUUCUUCCAUGUUUUCACAUUUUAUUUUACUUUUCUUUCACUUCUUCCCUCUUUUCGUAGUUUGGUGUUUGUCUAUCCGGGGUCCAGCUGCUUUUAACUCGCUCAUCUUCCCAUUACUCCUCCGACCACGCGGUCAUGCCCGUCGCCUCCGUGACCGCGCUCGCCCGGAUUGGCCACGCGCGACUGACCAUGCGUUUUCUGGUUCCACCGAGCCAACUGGGGCCAAGCAAGAUCUGGAAAAGCCGAGUUUUGUUCCGCCGCUCCCCCUCCUCACCAACGUCGCCGCCGCUGCUGGAUCCGGGGCUAGCGGGAAGGCGGAGCCAGGAGGGCAGGGGCUUUGCCGGAGGAUUUCCUGCUGGCCAGAACCGGCCCUCCCCCUUCCGCAAUAAAAGCCCCCCCGCACCCAGCAUCUUCAGCAUCAUCAGAAGCGCCUCUCCUCCUCUACACAUCCCCUCCUCCUCCUCCUGCAGAGCCAUCAGCUGUUCUCCCUCUCUCUCCCGCUCCUGUGGAUGGCACAGGAACGCAGACAGGAAAAUGUCCACAAACCCGGGUUCCGGCAAGCCCCAGGCUAAAUCGCCGUUCCGGAAGAGGGGCAGCCUGCAGAUUAAUGCCAGCCCUGAUAUCCACGGGGCCCGACACCUCCUCACCUCCCAGCGUUCUCUUCCCGGGACGCCCGUUUCGUACAAGCCCCUCCCCAUCGACCUGCGCACCUCCAUGGACGGCAUGUACAAGGAGAUCGCCGAGGAGCUGUUCACGCGCAGCCUGGCGGACAGUGAGAUGCGCAGCGCUCCCUAUGAGUUCCCGGAGGACAGCCCCAUCGAGCAGCUGGAGGAGCGCCGCCAUCGUCUGGAGAGGCAGAUCAGCCAGGACAUCAAGGUGGAGCCAGACAUCCUGCUCCGGGCCAAGCAGGACUUCCUGAAGACUGACAGCAGCGCAGACCUGGAAUUUCUGAAGGAGCAGAAUGACGUCUCGGCAGAGCACUUCCCUAAAGUGAGGGAGCAGGUCCAGGAGUACCAGCGUGUCGCCAUCUCAGGAGAGGAGGAGUGUGGGGUACCCUUCGUGGACCUGCUGGACGCUGCUAAGUGUGUGGUCCGUGCGCUGUUCAUCCGGGAGAAGUACAUGGCCCUGUCCAUGCAGAGCUUCUGCACAACCACGUCCCGCUACCUGCAGCAGCUCGGGAACAAGCCACUGGAGCUCCGCGUCUACGACGAUAUCCCAGAAACCCCUGUGGCUGCAGAUGCCCCUGUGCACCCUCCCGUUUCCGAAACGCACCCCUACGCAGAUCAGGACCCCAAAAACAUGCCCGGCGACACUGGCUUCGGCUGCAAGAUGGUGGACGGGGUGAUGCACGUCUACGGCAAGAGGAGCUGCUUGGACAAGAGUACAGAGCUGGACCUGCCGUACCCUAACCUGCAGGAGUACAUUGCUGACAUGAGCGUCAUGAUGGCCCUGAUCAUCAACGGCCCUGUGAAGUCGUUUUGUUACAGGCGGCUCCAGUACCUGAGCUCCAAGUUUCAGAUGCACAUCCUGCUGAAUGAGAUGAAGGAGCUGGCUGCCCAGAAGAAGGUCCCGCACCGCGACUUCUACAACAUCCGCAAAGUGGACACGCACAUCCACGCCUCCUCCUGCAUGAACCAGAAGCACCUGCUGCGCUUCAUCAAGCGGGCCAUUAAGAAGUACCCCGGCGAGAUCGUGCACGUGGAGCAGGGCAAGGGCCAGACGCUCACAGAGGUGUUCCAGAACAUGAACCUGAACGCCUUCGACCUGAGCGUGGACACGCUGGACAUGCACGCUGAUCGCAACACUUUCCACCGCUUCGACAAGUUCAACGCCAAAUACAACCCCAUCGGAGAGUCCAUACUCCGGGAGAUCUUCAUCAAGACUGACAACCACAUCGAGGGAAAGUAUUUCGGACACAUCGUAAAGGAAGUGAUGUCAGACCUGGAGGAGAGCAAGUACCAGAACGUGGAGCUGCGGCUGUCCAUCUACGGCCGAGCUCGGGACGAGUGGGACAGGCUUGCGCAGUGGGCUGUCCGCCACAACGUCUACUCCGAAAACGUGUGCUGGCUCAUACAGGUGCCCCGCCUCUUUGAUGUUUACCACACCAAGAAACAGCUGGCCAACUUCCAGGAAAUGCUGGAAAACAUUUUCAUGCCGCUUUUUGAGGUCACCAUCAACCCACAAAGCCACCCAGAGCUCCACCUCUUCCUCCAGCAUGUGGUGGGCUUUGACAGUGUGGAUGAUGAGUCCAAACCGGAACAUCGCAUCUUCAACUUGGACAGUCCGCUUCCGGUCAACUGGACCCUGGAGGACAACCCCCCCUAUUCCUACUACCUCUAUUACAUGUAUGCCAACAUGACUGUUCUCAACCACCUGCGCAGGAGGCGGGGUUUCCACACAUUUGUGCUCCGCCCUCACUGUGGAGAGGCGGGGCCUAUCCACCACCUGGUGUCGGGCUUCAUGCUGUCAGAGAACAUAUCCCACGGGCUGCUUCUGAGGAAGGCUCCAGUUCUGCAGUACCUGUACUACCUGGCUCAGAUCGGCAUCGCCAUGUCGCCCCUCAGCAACAACAGCCUGUUCCUCAGCUACCACCGCAACCCCCUCCCAGAGUACCUGUCCCGCGGGCUGAUGAUCUCCCUGUCCACAGACGACCCGCUGCAGUUCCACUUCACCAAGGAGCCCCUGAUGGAGGAGUACAAUAUUGCUGCUCAGGUGUGGAAGCUCAGCUCCUGUGACAUGUGUGAGCUGGCCAGGAACAGCGUGCUGAUGAGCGGCUUCUCCCACAAGACGAAGAGCCACUGGCUGGGGCCCGCCUACCUGGCCGAGGGGCCGCGGAGCAACGACAUCCGCCGCACCAACGUGCCGGACAUCCGCGUGGGGUACCGCUACGAGACCAUGUGCGAGGAGCUCAGCCUCAUCACCCAGGCCGUGCGGUCCGAGGAGCUCAACCUCAUCACCCAGGCCGUGCGGUCUGAGGAGCUGGAGAACCCCGAGGAGGAGGACUCCCUCUCCAUGGCCCCCGUCCCGGGAGGGCGAUGAGGAGCCGCCACCCCCCGCCCCCCCUGCCACCAACCGCCACCCCGCCGCCUUCUGCCCCAGCAUGCCCUGCUGCAGCCGCCGGGCGCCGUACGCUUCCUGUCCCAAGAGGGGGGCGUUACUGCACACCUUUCGCCCAGUCAGAGAGCCCGGGCACCCCCCUUCCCCCCUGUGACAUCACGGACCAGCUGUUUCCCUGUCAGGAGUGGCUCGGGGCGUAUUUUAAAUUAACCAUUCCCCCAAGGUCAUCGGGAGGUCAGCGAUAGCAUCACUGUGUGCUCUGCGCCUCCUUUGUCGUGUUUCACUCUUUCUUCUUUUUGAGACCUCUUUACAUUUGUUUAAAUUCUUUCUUCCUCACACACACACUGUGAUUUAGUUUUUGUUACUAAGAUUUUGUGUAACAGUACUUUUUUUUAAACUAUUAUCUUCCUGUGAUUUUUUAAAAAAUCCUUCUUUCUUUGUCUCGUCCUCUCUCACUGUGAUUUCCUUGUUUUUUAUGAGCAUGCUCAGAUGCCGCACAGUACGUGGCAUGCUAUGAGCAUGCUCAGAUGCCGCACAGUACGUGG